AUGAAUCGACAACGUGAGGCCGAAAAGGCUCUUCACGACCAGACCAAUAUCCUACCGUUCGCACAAUUGAUGGUGGUGUUUACUGGCCUAGCAAUCUCACUGCUGAUCACUAUGGUUGAUCAAAAUGGAAUCAGUGUCACAUUACCCACGAUUGCCCGCGAUCUUGGAGCCCAAGAUACCAUCUCCUGGGCUGGUACAUCGUCCCUGAUCGCUAAUACAAUGUUUACGGUACUCUACGGCCGAUUAUCAGAUAUUUUCGGUCGGAAAAUCGUCUACAUUUCAGCUCUGUGCUUACUGUGCGUUGCCGAUUUGCUCUGCGGCCUCUCCCAAAGCCCGGCCAUGUUCUACGUAUUCCGCGGCCUGGCCGGUGUGGCCGGUGGCGGCGUCACAUCUUUAACGAUGAUCAUCGUCUCAGAUAUCGUCACACUCGAAAAGCGUGGCAAGUACCAGGGCAUUCUCGGUGCAUCUCUCGGCUUGGGAAAUAUUAUCGGUCCGUUCCUGGCUUCUGCAUUUAUCAUGCGGUCAACGUGGCGAGGCUUCUUCUGGCUGAUCUCGCCCUUGGCUGCAUGCUCUGCCGUCGUGGGAUACUUCCUUAUCCCGAAUAAUGCUCGCAAGGAGGGAUUUCGAAAUAAUAUACGCCGGAUUGAUUGGUUCGGCUCGCUGGCUUCCUCUAUUGGAAUCAUCUUCAUUUUGAUUCCCAUUUCUGGAGGCGGGUCGUAUUUCACGUGGGAUUCUCCGAUGGUGAUUAGUAUGCUUGUCAUUGGAGGAUGUUCCUUCAUUGCCUUCUUUUUCAUCGAGUGGAAGGUGGCUGCUCUUCCAAUGCUUCCAAUCCAUUUUUUCAAGAACAAGGUGAUCUCGGCAUUGUUCCUGCAGAGUUUUCUCCUGGGAGCUGUUUACCAGUCCUAUCUCUACUACCUGCCGCUUUACUACCAGAAUGGGCGUGGCUGGUCGCCCGUCGUCUCCGCAUCGUUAACUGCUCCCAUGGUGGCUUGCCAGUCGAUCGCGUCUGUGUGCUCUGGCCAAUAUAUUUCUCGACUCAAGCGUUAUGGAGAGAUCAUCUGGGUUGGAUUUGGGCUAUGGACUCUGGGCACCGGCUUGACGCUUCUCUUCGGCCCUCAUACCCACCCAGCCGUCAUCGCAGUAUGUGUCGCCAUCACCGGCACAGGAAUCGGUUUUACAUUCCAACCCACUCUCGUUGCACUGCAGGCACACUGCACCAAAUCCCAGAGAGCCAUAUCCAUAUCCAAUCGAAACUUCUUCCGUUGCAUGGGUGGUGCUUGCGGUCUCGCUAUUUCAGCCGCCAUCUUGCAGGCAACCCUGCGCUCGAACCUCCCAACUGAAUUCGCCUACCUGACAAAAUCAUCCUACACACUCCCCUCACGGUCAACUCUCACCGAUUCCCAGUGGUCGGAGAUCCUCUCCGCCUACUCCAAGGCCUCGCACUCUGUCUUCAUUCUACAAGUUCCGCUCAUCGGUGUUUGUUUCCUCGCUUGCUGCUUUGUUCGCGACCGAGGCCUCGAGCGACCGAAAGAGCCCGAGGAGAUCGAGGAGGAGAAGCGAAAGGCAGAGGCUGAGAGGGACGCGGAGGCGGCUCUUCCCGAGUCACAGCCUGAAGAGACGGAGACUCCCCAGUCUGCCGACGCAAUUGAGAAGCGGCAUUCUACGUCCACACUCGCGGGGUCUUCUAUGCCCCCCUCGCGUGCUGAACCGCGAUUGGCGAACGUGGAAGAGAAGAAAAGCACCGAACACAAAAUAGACGACUGA